AUGGGGAUAUUUAAUGAACAAUCUCUUGAUCAUCCCUUUGCUAAGGGAAUACAAGGUGCACCAGGAGUUGGAUUUAAUCUCACUUCAAGUGGGGAUUAUGAUAUGAUAAAUAAAAAACUAAGAAAUGUUGGUGCGCCUAGUGCUAAUACUGAUGCUGCUACAAAAAAGUAUGUUGAUGAUAAUUCCACUGGAACUCCCUCAACAUCACGACUAAGAGUUGAUUCAAACAUUGAUAUGAAGGAUCAGUACCGUAUUCUAAACCUCAAACAUCCAGUUGACGCAGAUGAACCAGCCACAAAACAAUACUCAGACAGUCGUUUUCUUGACAGAAAUGGUUCACGAACAAUGAUUGGCGAUCUAAGCAUGAAUAAUAAUAAAAUAAUUAAACUUGGCGCUCCAACAGCUAAUGAUGACGCAGCAAACAAAAAGUAUGUUGAUGAUAAUUCCACUGGAACUUCCUCAAGACUAACAGUUGAUUCAAACAUUGAUAUGAAGGACCGCUACCGAAUUACAAAUCUUGUCGCACCACAGGAUUCUAAAGAUCCAGCAACAAAAUAUUACGUAGACAACACAUUCCUUGACACAGAUGGAUCUUACCCAAUGAAAGGAAAUCUUAAUAUGGCCAACAAUCGAAUAUUAAAUCUUCCUAAUCCAACAGGUUCCAAUCAACCAACACCAUUAGCUUUCACAGAUUUAAAGUAUCUCCAUGUUGCUGGUACAAAUAAAAUGACUAAUAAUCUAAACAUGGAUAAUAAAAAAAUAAUUAACCUUAGACCACCAACAGACUCCACAGACGGUGCAACCAAAAAGUAUGUGGAUGACUCUAAAGUUGAUGGAAGUGUCUUUUUAAAAAUAGAUGGAACAAGAGUAAUGACUGGGGUUUUAGAUAUGGAGUUUAAUAGAAUACAAAAUGUAGGCGAUCCUUUAGGUCUUAGUGAUGCAGUGCCAUUGUAUUAUGCUGCAACAAAAUAUCUUAAUCUUGAUGGAACAUUUAAUAAAAUGACUGGAAAUAUAAACAUGAACAACAAUAAAAUAUUAAAUCUAUCAACUCCAACAUCAAAUACAGAUGCUGCAACAAAAAAAUAUGUUGAUGAUAAUAGUGGAAGUCCAGAUUUAAGUGAUUACUUGGAAAAAGAUGGUAGCGUCGCUAUGACUGGUAAUCUUAAUGUUGGUAAUAAUAAAAUAGUUAACCUCAGUGACCCCACCACAGAUCAAGAAGCUGCUAAUCGCGGAUGGGUUCGUAAACAAAUAGAAAGGUUUGAUCAUCAUUCUGGAGAUGGAACAAGUGGUGUAUUUACUAUAACAGAUCCAGCUGCGGCAACGACUUUGUAUCUACAGUUUGUCUCAGGUUCAUCAUCUGAUGAUUUUGUUUUUACAACAUCAGCACCUGGUCAACCUCUUGUAGGGUGGGCACCAAAUGCUAACACAUACAUUAACAAAAUAGAAUUUCAAUUUGGUUCGCGGAACGUAAAUGUUGACUUUCUGUGGUUUAUUCCCAGAGAUAGCUCUCAUUCCAAUUCUAACUUUUGGGUGAGUGGAAAUCGCACUGGCACUUGGUCAUUAAUUAUUCAGAAGUCUUGGAGUUAUGAUAUGUCUGGAGUAAAACUAAGAACUCAUAACAAUUCAAAUCACUUAGCUAUCACUUGUCGGUUAUUCACUGAUUUACCAAAAGCGAUAACCAAACCACUUAAGAGAAUAGAAAUCAACACACCUAAAAUUGUAAUAAGUGGGGUUGUAAAAGCCGAUGUCAACCUUGGUGAUAAUAAAAUAAAGAAUCUGGGUGUACCAACCCAAGACAAUGAAGCAACAACCAAAGGUUAUGUUGACAAUCUAGUUCAUCUUACUGCAGUUCAGCCAAGUCAUUAUAAAGAUGAGUUUGCUUAUCUCAUGUCAAGUGGAGCUCAAUGGACUGAUGAAAUGGAUGGAGGAGUUAGUUUACUUAUAAAAAGUAUAGGAGAUUUACCACCAAACAAAGGAAACUUUCACAACUAUAACCACAAAGUUAUUUACAUGAGUAUAAUAAAAAAUUCUCAAGGUAAAUAUAUUUAUAAGAUGGGAAUUAAUUUUUACAGACUAACUGCAAAUACUGAUUACACGUUGUGUUUGGAAAUACUCAACACUGAUUAUAAUCUUUGGAAUAAUACUCAAAUAAGUGUUGACAAAGGAACUUCAAAAGGAUUAUCAAUUGGAAAUGUAAUUGUAAAAAAACUAUCCCAUAGGUAUACUGAUGCAGCAGGGAAAACACAAACUAUGUACUACCACAGAAUAAUAGUUAAUUUCAGAAAGUUGUCAUCUGGGAAUAAGUUCUUUCUUCACAUUUUGGUUGAUAUUCUUCGUGGUGGAUAUAUCCUGUCUGCGUAUCCGUUAUUUUUUCAAGGAGUUUACAUCAUUGCUUAUGGUAUUAUGGGUACAUUUAGUAAUAUCGAUCCAGAUAAAGUUUACGAUUAUCACACCGCAUUUGACAUCAAACCAACAGAAGUUAAGUAUAAUGUUGAUAUUAAUGCAAAUCAAAAAGCAAUUAAAAAUAUCAAACUUGACCGAAACAAUGAUAAUAGUGCUGCAACAGUUGCACUUGUAAAAGAACUAGCUCCUCACACUAAAAAUUCUUUGUAUAGAUUAUACUUUAGUGAAUUUUAUGACUUUACUGAUGCGGAUACUUACGGAAUAAAUAUAGGCUCAUUUGGAGUUAUGAUUAAUUCUUUGAAACCUAAUAUUACACUACCUCAUAAUAAAGACCUAAGUGAAAUAACAGAAAAAGGAUUACAUAUUAAUGGUUAUAAUAUUACUUUUUCUCCUUUACAUUCUUCGAAAUAUACUUUAUGUAUUGUUUUUAGUCAUUGGAGAAAUAGGAGUUUUACCCUAACUAAAUAUUUAUCAACAAACAAUAAUAUUUUAGUAAAAUUGGAUUAUAAUAAAUCAAACAAUAAAGUAACUUUAACUGUCAACAAAACAACUCAAAAUUUUACAAUACUAAGUAGUUUUAACGGAAAAUUUAUUGUUUUAUGGCUAACAGAAAAUCUUAAUGCAAAUGUCACAAAAGCUUCAAUAAGUAACUACAGCUCAACAUUAACUAUACCAGCUGUUAAUUACAAUGCUAAUCAACGUUGGAAGUUUACAACUGAAGAUGGAGUGUUAAAUAAAUUAAUGUACUCUCCAAACUUUUACGACACUGACUCUGAGCAAUUUCACAAAGUAAUGCUUCAAGAAAAGUUAAAUGGAAGUUAUGUAAUGUAA